GGAAAACGAAAAAAGUUUUUCAAGCAGUUGGAGCUGUCCUAAACAGUGUCAGUAGAUGUGAGCUGAGAUGCUAGGGAAGCCUAGCCUACCUGUUCCCGACACUGGGCUGGCACUUUCUCUGAUGCGGGAUCCAGAGGGACGCGACGUUGUGCAGGUAAACUGUCAAGCUCCCCCUGAGCCGUGUUUGUUUAAUGACUAAAAAGAAAGCACUUCAUGUCACUCCAAAGAGUAAAUAUCUGAAGUUAUGGAUUAACUAAGUUCCAGCAGAGCUCAUGGCGGAAGAAUAGAUGACGCUGAUUCACACUGAAUAAAGCAAGGACUUCUGCUGCAGUAUGUGGAAGCUCGUCACCAUAGGUGUUCUGCUGGCUGCCUGCUCUUCACAAGUGUGUAGUACCUCAAUAUUUUACAGCUACAAAGAUGCAAACCAAGUCCUGAAAAUCCAGAAGCGGGCAAAUUCUUUUCUGGAGGAGGUCAAACCAGGCUCUGUGGAGCGUGAGUGCAAGGAAGAGCUGUGUGACUUUGAGGAAGCCAGUGAGAUAUUUGAAACCAAGGAAGCAACACUAAAUUUCUGGAGCAAAUAUGUAGAUGGAGAUCAGUGUGAGCCGCAGCCUUGUUCCAAUGGGAUGUGCAAGGACAAUAUUGGAAAGUUUUCCUGCAUCUGUAACAAAGGCUGGGAGGGAGUGUUGUGCAAUUAUGAGGUGAAAUACACCAACUGUUCUGUCGAUAAUGGAGGUUGUGAACAUUUCUGCAAGGAUGACCCUGCCAACCAGUGCCGCUAUUGCAGCUGUGCAUCUGGGUACCAGCUGACAAAUGACCAUACCAUGUGCAAGCCUGUAGUGGAAUUCCCCUGUGGAAGAGUGAAAGUGGACUACAUUGAAACCCAAGCAGGAUUCAAUAUCCGUCUCAUUGAGGGAAAAGCAGGAAGAAGGGGAGACAGCCCUUGGCAGAUCAUGCUGCAAAAUAGCAAAGGGAGAUUUCUGUGUGGGGGUGUUCUCAUCCAUCCAUCUUGGGUCCUAACGGCAGCACACUGCAUUGAUUCAGGAGAGGGUCUCAAAGUAAGACUUGGUAAAUACCACCGUCUCCGUACUGAGGCAAAUGAGCAAACCAUUUGGGUCGAUAAAUGUGUGAGCCAUGAAAAUUACACCAAGGAGACCACCGAUAAUGACAUAGCCAUGCUGCACUUGGCUGAGCCUGUGAUGUAUAACAAAUACGCGCUCCCUAUCUGCCUUCCCACACGGGACCUGGCAGAGCACGAGCUGACAAGGCACGGGAGACAGAUGAUGGUAACUGGAUGGGGCAGCACAAGUGAUUUGGAAAAGAGGAAUUACUCAACUCUCCUCAGCUACAUCGAGAUCCCAAUGGUUCCCAGGAAUGAGUGUGCACAAGUGAUGAGCUAUACUAUCUCUGACAACAUGCUGUGUGCUGGGACUUUAGGAGACAGAAAAGACGCCUGCAUUGGUGACAGUGGAGGCCCUAUGAUUACUAAGUAUAAGGGUACUUGGUUUUUGGUAGGACUGGUGAGCUGGGGUGAAGGCUGUGGAAGAAAGGAGAAAUUUGGAGUCUACACCAAAGUUAGUCAGUACCUAGAAUGGAUCCAGCAGCACAUAGAUGAGAUGUCACCUUCUUGGAAGGGUUGAUACUGGUACUGCGAGCCUGCAAUAUUGUGGCUAUGUGACAGUAUGCAGUGUAAUGUACUGUCAGAUCUUCAGUAUUAAAUAUUGAGUGUAUGUUAA